AUGUCUUAUACGAGAGACCAAAGGAUAGAAUUUAUUGAAAGCGUUAAACGACGGCCUCUUUUGUAUAACGCCAAUGACGAUUUUUAUCAUGAUCGAGGUGAAACGCCUAGAGCGUGGGCAGAAGUUGUAAAAGAGUGCAAUUUUAUUAAGACAGUUGACAAAGCUAAAGCACUUUGGAGUAGGCUACGUACAUCGUACGUAGAACACAUAAAUAGUCCUGAUAAAAAAAAGUGCAAAUUCGUCAACGAAUUAAGCUUUCUUUCAUCACAAAAUUGUCUCAAUAUCGAAGAACCCAACACAACUGAUGAUCAAGUACUAAAUAUGCCUAAAACUGAAAAAUGUAAUAACGAAGACGAUUCUGAAGAUAAUAAAGUUCAAAAUGAUCAGGUGGACAGUCACACAGCCUCAUCAUCAAACUCUACUAUGUCGAAUAACGAUACCAAUGAUGCAACAGCAACUUGUUCAUACGAACCAAAUAAUGAUCAAGAUGAUUUGACGCAAUUUUUCAAUUCUUUAUGUGUAACUGCGAAAAAGUUACCUAAGAAAGCACAGCAAGAUAUUAAAGAGAAACUUUUUCAAAUAGUCAACCGUGAUCUAGAACAAAAUGAUCCUUGA